UAAAUGGCCCAAACAGAAAGCCCAUUUCCAAAGUUUACUGAACUGAGAAAGGAAAUGGAGACAAAUUCCUCGCUCCUCCUCUUCCUCCUCCUUUCUUAGCUCACUCACACUUCCAGUCCACCGCCAACCCCACCAAAACGACACCACACCAACCCAAAACGACAAUGCAAGCACAGCCAACCCCCAACAUCCCAGUUAGCGAGUUCUACUGGACUCUCCUCCACAAAGCCGACAAAAAAUUCUCCAAAAUUCGAGAGCUCCCUUAUUACCAUCGCAACAGGCACGAGUACGAUGCUUACUUCUACAAGGUCUUCAAGGUGUACACGCAGCUAUGGAAGUUCCAGCAAGAAAAUCGCCAAAAGCUCGUGGAGGCCGGUCUUCGUCGAUCGGAGAUCGGCGAGAUCGCGUCGCGAAUCGCUCAGCUGUACUUGGGCCAGUACAUGCGGACCAGCGAGGCCAGCUACCUCUCCGAGGCUUACAUAUUCUACGAGGCGAUUUUGAGCAGAGAAUACUUUAAGGAGGGCAUGUUUCAGGGCCUGGGCUUGGCCAGCAAGCAGCUCAGGUUCAUUUCUAGGUUUCUCAUGGUCUGCUUGCUUUUGAAUCGGCGGGAGAUGGUGCAGCAGCUGCUUAAUCAGCUCAGAGUCUUGGUUGAUGAGUGCAAGAGGACAUUCCAGGAAACUGAUUUUAAAGAAUGGAAGCUGGUGAUUCAGGAAAUAGUUAGAUUUUUGAAAGCUGACACAGCUUUUAUGAAUAUCAGGCCUUUGAGGUAUAGUCUUGUCCUAGACUGUCAUCCAGAUUCCUUACCACAUGUUUCCGCAUCAGUUGCAAAGAGGUCUUUGAGACUACGUGAUGCGAUACUGAGCAGCUACCAUCAUAAUGAGGUAAAGUUUUCAGAGCUCACUCUUGACACUUUUAGGAUGCUUCAGUGUCUGGAGUGGGAACCUAGUGGCUCAUUUUACCAGUCAAGUGGUGCUAAAAAUGGUCAGAAUGGGGCACCAGCUUCCAGCCGCAUUAACUACUCCCAGGAUAUUGCUGAUCCUACCCUGCCACCAAACCCACGAAAAGCUGUCUUAUAUCGUCCUUCUGUUACCCAUUUUCUAGCAGUUUUGGCCACAGUUUCUGAGGAGCUUCCCCCUGAUGGAGUUAUCUUGAUAUAUCUGUCAGCAUCAGGUGCUGGAAUGUACUCAGAUGCGACCUCCCCUUCUACGUUGGCUUAUCCAUCUGAUAGACUAAACCCUUCUCACGGACAAAGUAAAGGAGAUGGCUCAAGUUUUCAAGCGGGUUGUUUACAGUUUGGUACCCAUGGAAAUGGAGGAAUGAAUAGCAUUUAUCCUAGUGACUUGGUUCCAUUUACAAGAAGACCACUUUUUCUAGUCAUUGACUCUGACAACAGUGAAGCUUUUGAGGCCAUAAAUGGAGUACAAAAAGGUGAAACACCUGCAAUGCUCCUAUCUUCUAGUUCUUCAUAUCCAUUUGCUUCUAUUGGUUCCUCUCGUCAGUCAAGUGGAAGCCUGUUCACUAUUUUCCUCACAGCUCCUUUGCAGGCUUUCUGUUUAUUGAUCUGUAUUUCAGGAUCUGACAUUGACAUGGAUACAUAUAACAAGGCCGAGAAGCUUCUUUCCAGUUCAUUUAGUGACUGGGGGUCUACUUUGGUGACAUCAGACACUAUUGAUCCUGUUUGGGCACAGAUUUUGAGUGACCCAUUCCUAAGGCGACUCCUUUUGCGGUUCCUAUUUUGUCGGGCAGCGCUAUCACUCUAUGCUCCAACUUUCAAUAAGAAGGAAUUUAUUCCCAAAUGUAUACCGUGUCUUCCAGCGUCUGUCCUGCCAACGACAGCAGCAUGUCAAACUGUAAUUUUGCAGAUAGCGAACGUCUUUGGAGCCACAGGCAAGUUCGUCUUUUCAGAAGGACUUGAACUCCCAGAAAAUAGACAGGGUGACUCGGAAUCAAUGUCAUCUUGAUGAAUCAUAUGGGGCAAAGGACAUUAGAGAUAGACAAAUGAUUUGUGAGUUCCCUGUUGGUGUUUCAGAUUCUUGGUGUUUGUAUAGGAAAUUUCUAAGCCUUCAAGAACGUUCAAGAUGAUGCAAAACCUUUGUAAGAGACAAGUUGGACUUUGGACUUAUUAUUUUCUUUUUUAUUAAAUGGAAAGAAAAACAAAAAUUGAUGUCUGUAUAAUAGAAGAGAGCUCUUCUCUUGACAAUCCGCCCGAGUGACCCGUCCUAGUUGAAUCAGGUUGGCCUGGAUUUCAGUUUUCCCUCGAGUCAAGUUGAGUCAUAAGCCUUGCUGCCCAACAUCUCAUUUAGGUGCAACGUUAUUUUGUGAACUAUUGUGGAUGAUUUAUACUCAUUGCACUCGAAUUUUCUUUAUUGCAAA